GCGCCGAGGCCGAGGAGAGGGCGACGAGGCGACCGCGCGGAGGCGAGCGGGCCAAGCCCGGCCGGGCGGCCGCCGCCAUGAGCGGCUCCUCGGGCACCCCGUACCUGGGCAGCAAGAUCAGCCUCAUCUCCAAGGCGCAAAUCCGCUACGAGGGCAUCCUCUACACCAUCGACACGGACAACUCCACCGUGGCGCUCGCCAAAGUGAGGUCCUUUGGUACUGAAGACCGUCCCACAGAUAGGCCUGCCCCCCCUAGAGAGGAGAUUUAUGAGUACAUCAUCUUCCGGGGAAGUGAUAUCAAAGAUAUUACUGUGUGUGAACCUCCGAAAGCUCAGCACACGCUCCCUCAGGAUCCUGCUAUCGUUCAAUCUUCCCUGGGCUCGGGCUCGGCCUCCUCCUUCCAGCCACACGUGCCUUACAGCCCCUUCCGAGGGAUGCCGCCCUACAGCCAGCUGGCCGCCAGCUCCCUGCUUAGCCAGCAGUAUGCCGCUUCCUUGGGUUUAGAAAAGUUGGUAAGCCCUCCAGCCUCAGCCGCGGCUUCCAGCCCUAGUUCUUCUCCAUCUCCACAACCUGUUUCAGAGCUUGACAUGUCCUCAGAGCCACACCAGCUCACUUCCAAGGGAGCCACCUUUCCGUCUGUCUCAGUUGGCAAGAGCCCCAUGGUGGAGCAGGCCGUCCAAACUGGAUCUCUUGAUAACUUGAACUCCAAGAAGCUGUUACCUGGCAAGGGCACCGUGGGCAUGCAGCUCAACGGGCGCCCGGCCCCAUCCAGCAGCAAGGCUACCACCGAUGUCGCUCAGCCAGCAGCUGUGCAAACGCAAGGGCAGGUGAACGACGAGAACAGAAGGCCUCAGAGGCGGCGCUCAGGGAACAGACGAACAAGGAACCGCUCCAGAGGGCAAAGCCGUCCAACUAACAUCAAGGAAAACACAAUCAAGUUUGAAGGUGACUUUGAUUUUGAGAGUGCAAAUGCCCAGUUCAACCGAGAAGAGCUGGACAAGGAAUUUAAGAAGAAACUGAAUUUUAAAGAUGACAAAGCUGAGAAGGGGGAAGAGAAGGACCUGGCUGUGGUGACCCAGAGUGACGAGGCCCCUGCUGAGGAGGACCACUUGGGGCCCAACUGCUACUACGACAAGUCCAAGUCCUUCUUUGACAACAUCUCCUCUGAACUCAAAACCAGUUCCAGGCGGACGACGUGGGCUGAGGAGAGGAAGCUCAACACGGAGACCUUCGGAGUGUCAGGGAGGUUCCUCCGAGGCCGUAGUUUCCGGGGUGGAUUUCGAGGGGGCAGGGGCAACGGUGCAACCCGCCGUAACCCGACUUCCCACAGAGCUGGGACCGGCAGGGUGUAACGAGGCAGCCAAAGGCUCUUGCUGAAGCAGCACGGGUGCCAGGCCGUGUCUACAAGGACGAUGGAGAACGCUGCACUUAACUGGGAGAGACAUGGUCACUUCGUUUACUGAGUUUGGAAAGUUCCACAUUACUACUUAAGUUUUGGACUGAACUUGGAUGUGGUCUGGGUUAGAACCUCUUGUUUGGGGAAGUGUACAUGGGAGACCGCUUUGAGGUGUCCUAGCCUAUUUUUCCUUUUUAGUUGUGCACAGCCUGAUUGUAAGGUUCUGGUGAUCUGCAGAAAGGUUCUGGAGCGAAAGCGUGAUCCUCAUUUUGUGACCUUUCUUGGACAGCUUUGACUUUAAGGUGGAACCAAAUUUCAUUUGGCAAAUGCAGCAGCCAAAUGCAUCUCUGUAACUCAACUGGCCGCGGACGCUGUUGGCCUGGCACCCCCACUGCCACAGGUGGGGCCCAGGAGCUGGGCACGGCCAGCACGGGGGCAUGUGGGGGCGGGUGGGCCUAGGGCAGGGAAAAGUGCGGUGUCCCACAGAUCAUGUUGUUUAAGCAAAGCAGAUGACCCUGAUAUCCCAAGGGGCA